AUGGCUUCUUCACCUCCAAACCCAAAACCCCUUUUUCAUGCUCGCUCUGACAGCUUGCCUUCUAGACCUCAUUUGUUUCGUUCUCAAUUGGAGGAGCAUCUAUGUAGGUUAAGGGCUACCGAUGCCUCCUCUUCCUCAUCUUCAUCAAUAUGUAACCAACUAAGUUGCCUUAGAGAUUUAUAUGAUUCUGUUGAUAGCUUCCUUCAGCUGGGACAAACUCAGCGAGCCUUAGCUAAAGAAUUCUCCGGGAAACAAUUUGAUAAGGUCCUGGAUGGGUCUCUUAGGCGCUUAGAUGUGAGUAGCAUCACGAAAGAUGUCCUGUCGAGGACCAAGGAACAGGCACAAGAACUCCAAUCUAUUUUCCGAAGGCGGCGGGGAGAUGAAUGCAGUUUCAGAAAUGAGGUUAAUGUAUACUUAACCUCAAGGAAGGAAGCAAAGAACGUGACCCUCAAAUCCUUGAGAGACAUAAAGAGUAAAUGCCGUUUCUCACCUUCUGACCAUGAAAACAUGGGAAUGGUUAGCAUGUUGAGAGAAAUAGAUGAAGUUAGUCUUUUGGUGUUCGAAUCUCUGUUGUCCUAUGUUUCUGGUGCAAAUGCGCAAUCAAAGACUAGCAGCUGGUCUUCAGUUUCCAGAUUUAUGCAUUCCAAGCGCAUAGCAUGCAAUGAAGAAGCCAAUGAUAACAAUGAAUUUGAGAAGGCAGAUUCUACUCUAAGCACUCUCAUCAAGACAAGAAAGUCAAGUAAAGUAAGCCCUGUCAAUGCCCAAAAUGCCUUGGAGAAAUUGGAGUCAAGCAUUCAGGAUCUUGAGGAACGACUAGAUUGUAUCAUCAGAUGUUUGAUCAAAACCAGAGUGUCCCUUCUCAACAUUCUCAACCAUUAG